GAUUCAAAAACCGUCGAUCAAAGGGAAGUUUCAUAAUACUUUGCAAUGAGAAUCAAAAUAAUAAUCGUUUUGAUAAUUAUAACGGUUAAUCGUGUUGUCAAUUCGGAUACUUUCGAAGAAGAAUCCAGUUUCUUUAAUGUGAUGUCAUUAGAUCCACGUUCCAAACGUGAAGCUAAAGAUGACAACUUGAUAACUGCCGUUGAGCGAUUACAAUUCGCCUCACGAUUGAUCAAUGCAAUGUACCUACAACAAGAAUUGACAAAAGGAACCAUUCCAUCAAUGAAUUUAACUUUGGAUUUGUUCAAAUACGAUUUCUCAAUGGAUCAACUGAAUGCAAUUGACUACAGUUCGCUGGAAUCUAAACUGAUAGCGCUUAAAGAACUACAAUCGAAUAUCGGCGACGAUGUUGAGGCAGAUCAAUUCUUCACAACUGUCAAAAGUGUUGUCCACGUGGCUCAUGAUAUUGGAGAUCUCAAGAAGUGGCCAGACGAGACUAAUUUCAAGGCAGACAUGAAAGACAUUACAGACAGUUUUUCAUCAGUUACAACCCUUUCCGAAAAGCUAUCAGUAUGGAGCAACUCGUACACAGAGAUUGAAGCGUUCACUAGUUUCACCGAUAUUCCCAAAUCCCAUUCUGCGUUAAACGAUUUGUUGAAAAAAUCCCAAGAUUUUUUGAACAUAGUGGAGAAUCCGAAGAUUACGUUGCAUGGCUUCAAAAACAAUAAUUCUGCUGCUUCUUUCUUUGUAUUAUGGCCAAAAGUUCGUGAUGUGAUGAACUUUAUUUCAUCCUUCAAGAUUGUAGACAUCAAUCGGGGACUAAGAAAGCUAGAAGAACACAUGGCAUCUAUCCGGAAUGCAUUUCCAAAUCAAGAAUCGAAGAUCCAUCUUCAAACCAUCGAAUCCAUCGGGCAGUCCCUGCGAACCAAGAAGUACACAGUUGGUCUACCGAAUGGAGCAAUUGAUAUUGGAGCACUAAACUCUCAAUUGGCAACCGACGCUUGGGCCCGAGAAACUACUGAUCACAUGAUUUUUCUCCGGGAACUUGAGACGAUUUGGUUGUUGGGAGAAGAAGUGCGGAAUGUGGAGCGUUUGUUGAGAAAAGAUAGAUUUUCUACUAUUUCUCAAUUAUUCAAUACUAUCGAACGACUUGAUAUCCAGUCUUUGAAUGUUCUUGUCGAUGAGGCGAAGGUUAUUGCCCAAUGCGCCAAAUCUACUCUAACUACCGCCCCCGACUUCACGAAUCUGGAGGAACUAUCUAAAAUUGCAUCGAACAUUGACACCGAAUUGGAACAAUCGAAAUCGAUAUUGAAAAGUGUGAUGAAUCAACUUGUUGAAAGCAAAUCAGGACACGCAGAAGUGCUCACUGUUUGCAAGGAUAUGAACAAUAGCAAUUGGACAACCGCUGAGCCAUGCUUUAAUGGAGUGAAAAAAAUGACCGGCUUGUCGCUGACCAUGAGUAGAAUGACGGCAAACGCUACUUUCUUGAAUCCGAAUCUUUUGAAAACACUAGAAAAACGUGCUAUUGAAAAAAUCAAUGACUCUCGAUCUGAUAUUGCUCAAUUUCUCGACGUACUGAGCUGUCUUCAAUCCAACAAAGAAUUGGACAAAAUUCAAAAGAACCUGUCAGAUUUGAAUUCGUUCCGAGCAGAUCAAAAAUUCCCGCCGAUAGUCACUGCCGUCGAAGAUGCUCUGAUCUCAGUUUCAAGCCUCAAUAGUGGUCUGAAAUCUCUGGCGCUGUACUUUAGCAAGCGCCGCAAAUUUGCUUCGGAUAAAACAUCCCAGUUUCCAAACGCCGCUGAACACACUAAUUCCAUUGGCCCAGCGGCACAAGAAAUUGCUCGACUGGAGGACGUGCUCCGAGAAAGAGCAAAUGUGGAUAUUAUCAAGAACCAUGCACAAAUUGUGCAACGAGAGUUGGCAGCGAGUGGAGCCACUUUGGCACAGGACGAUAAGGAUAAUCUGGAGAAGCUGGUGGCGCUUGGAGCAUCUUUGGAUGUGAUGUUUGUUCAGCUAGAUGCAUGGAAGAGUGGAAUUAAAAAGUCUGAUUCCACAAAAUUUGUAGACUAUGGUUAUGUUUUCACGGAAGCUAAGAAGGUUGAUUGGGCUAAUCUUGGUGGUCUUAUGGGCUUGGAAAAAUCGUUGGAAAAACUGGUAGAACUUGUGAAGGAUGUUGGCAAUAAGAAGUCGCUCGGUGAAGUUCAGGAUGCUCUGAAGAGCUUGGAUGAUGGUGGACUGGAGUUUUCAAGUUUUCAAAACAGACUUGAUGAACCGAAAAAGGCUCUUGCUGCUCUUGACUUGUUUUUUUCAAAUUUAUUCAAGCCUCUGCCGACUGCAAUUCUCCCACCGCCAGAUCUUGGAAAUUCUGAAAAGAAUGGUCCACCACCACAAACACACGGACAAUAUGUAAUUUUGGCUCUGAUCGUCAUUGUCAUAAUUUGUGCAAUAAUUGCUUACUUUUGCUUAACCCCGAACGGCUACAAAAUACUCGACUCGGAAGAAAAAGAGAAACUGUACCCGCCAAAUCAGAUGAUCAGUCGUGUGGAUGUGAAUGAGACACGUUUUUCAAACUUCCUCAAGACAUUCAACACGCAAAUUUCGGAUUUCGUUACUAGAAAAAGAAAUUGUACUUCAGUAUUUGAGAAUGUUCCAAAUAACCUAGAAAUUACGGGAGACGAUUUUGCCCAGUUUUGCGGCUUACAGGGAGGUAAUCACUGUCAAUGUGAUCCGGUGUCAUAUGAGUCUUCGAAAAAGAAUGGCCAGGGAGAAUCAUCACAUGUUGUUGAAUUGGAUAACGGCUUGAAGUUUGUGUUGAUGCCUGCUCCGCAGUUGCCUGUUGAUAAGAAAAGCUCCGAUAUUUUGGCGAUUGCCGCAUUUUGGGAGUCAGUGAAGCUGAAUAAACCAAGCACAAUUGUGAUGUUGUGCGAUUUCGCGGAAAUAGAUCACUUUAUUGGAGCUAAUAAGGUGAACUGUGAUAGGUACUUUCCCACUGAACUCGACGAAAAACUAAUUUUGGCGGACUUAACAAUCACUUGCACGAAGAGUAUCUCGAAGCCUUUGUUGAAGACUAGACAAUUGUUGCUAACAUUUGGAAAGAAGCGUACUCAAGAGGUGACUCAUUACCAGUAUACCGGAUGGCCGGAGCAUAUGGGACCGAAAGAUGCCGAGGAGAUUAGGUAUUUGUUGAAACUAGUGACAGACAGCGAGAGACCGGUUUUUGUCGUAUGCAAUACUGGUGGUGGACGAUCGGCAGCGUUUGUUCUCAUCGAGAGCCUCUUCCAAGCGAUCAAUACAAGUGAAACUGGAGAAAUCAAUUAUCGGAGUCUGAUUGAACAAACGAGAUCAAAGAGAAAAUGUGCUGCACCGGAUCCAAUUUAUUUGGCAUUUGCAUUUUACACGACUCUCACUCUUUUCUAUCCAGCAAACGCACAUGAUGAUGCUUAUGUGACUCAAAUUUGUCGAAUGUAUUUUGAUGCAAAUGAAGGUCUUAAGAAAAAAUCGAAGGCGGCCGUGAAGAGUGAGAAGAAAACUUGAACUUUGUGAGGGACCCCAAUAUUGAUAAAGAAUUUACUAUGAAC